AUGGGAUCUCUCAUCCGUUUCUUCGAUGAGAUUGACAACUAUACGCGCGACUCAAUCGGCAGGCGAUCUCUCCAGACAGGGGAUUCGCUGCGAAUUCAACCUCGCUUCGACGUUUCGGGAGAGCCCUCCCCAGAACAGCCAACAGCAGAGAAGGGGAAGGACGUCAGUGGUGAGAGCGACGAGCCUAAAAAGCAGGCGGCACCGGCGAAAGAAAUCGGCCACAAGUAUUGGGUCGCCGAGAGGAGCAUCGGGGAGUUUUCCCGCGCAUUCAACUUUGCCCAUCAUGUAAACCCGGAUGGGGUGACUGCGGAGCUCAAAAGUGGUGUCCUGUCUGUGCACGUCCCAAAGGCCAGCGAUGCUGUUAUCCACACGGUACAAGUAAAGUGA